AUGUCUGCCACCAUCAACGAAUUCUUCCCCUCCCCCAGCCAAAAGUUUGCCGUCGUCGGAGCUUCCUCCAACCGCACAAAGUUUGGCAACAAGGUCCUGCGCUGGUACGUCGACAACGGUUACACGGCAGUACCAGUAAACCCCAAAGAAAAGACAAUCGAGUCCUUGACCUGUGUCCCUGACCUGUCCUCCCUGCCCGGUGAGCCUUCAGAAUAUAAUGUCUCGAUCAUUACCCCUCCAGCAGUGACAAAAUCCGUCCUGGAGGCCGCUCACAAGAACGGCAUCAAACGUGUCUGGUUGCAGCCCGAUGUCGAAUCUGCAGAAGCGUUGGCAUACGCUAAGGAGGUCGGACUUUUGAUCAUUGCAGGCGGGCCUUGUGUCUUGGUCCAUGGCAUCCCCAGUUCCCGCGCAAAGUUGUAA